UAUUUAUAAUAAUUAACUUGUUUGGACAAUAAAACACAAAAUUAUCAAAAAAAUUUAUAAUUUAAUUUCUUAAAACCAAAUAAAAAAUUAUUUUUCAAUUUCAAAUCAGCUUUAACUUUUUAUCUAAUUAUUACUUAAUUAUUAUUUAAGUAAAAAAAUCAAUACAACUUUUACAAACUUAAAAAUAAAAUUAUAUUCAAACAAUGUUUUAAUUUUAUAAUAUUUUUAUUCAAUUUUUCUCUAUUAUUUCUCAAAACCAGGCCAACAAAACAUCUAAAUUGAUCAAAUUAUUUCACUUCUAAUUACAGAUUUUGACAUACUCCAAAUGUUCAAAUGAAUUCUUAGUCCUUGAAUACUUAACGUACAUUACGAAGAAAGUAGAGAAAAAAUGGCAGAACGUCGGGAUGAUGAAGAGUUACGCAAGUUUUCGAAAUUGUACAAUGCUGUGCGAGGCGGUAAUUUGGAUGAGGUAAAAGUGAUUCUUGAGUCUCUACCCCCCGAUGCAUUGAAUUGUAAAAUCCCAGAUAAAGGCAAAACGGCUCUUCACACUGCUGUUACACAUGCGCAUGAGCAUAUAGUGGAGGCGUUGGUGAUGCAAAUGUCGAAUAAGGGCUUGACCAUGUAUGAUAGUGACGGUCACACAGCUUUAACCAUGGCAGUCCUGCUUGGGAAAUGGCGAAUGGUGGAGUGCAUGCUUCGAAAAUACUUUGACUUGAUCAGCAUUAGACAUUCCGAAGGGAAAAAUCUUCCAGUUGUUAUGGCUAUUGAUUUCGGGCAUAUAGAAAUGGCGCGCCAGUUGUAUUAUCUUACUCCAAAUAGAGAUUUAAUUCCACAGGAUAAUGAUGAGGAGAUUCAGGACCCCAAUGGUGCUACGCUUUUUACCCGUGCCAUCUAUACUGGAACUUUUGAUAUUGCUUUGGGAUUAAUCCUAACCUGCCCACGUUUGGCACUGGCUCUUGACAAGGAUGACGAGUCUCCCAUCUUAGCAUUGGCCUCUAUUCGUCAUUCCUUCCCAAGUGGAAUUCAGCUCGGGUUUUGCAAGCAACGCGUCUACUCCUAUAUGCGCAUUCCAUUCGCACCUCCGACCAGUGAGACUCGUUUGAACGUUUCAAACGGAGAUCAACGCCAAAGCAAUCAAGAAGAUCAAAAUAUCAUAUCAGUAAUGUCAAGAAGUUGUGCCGUAGGAGUCCUCAACUUCUUUGGAAUCACGCAGUUGUACGAAUUGAAGAAGAUCCAUGUCCAGUACAAUGAACUUCUUUCUCACAUGUGUAAAGUGAUAUCAGAAUCAAAAACUCAGCAACUUGAAGAUGGUCGGGUUUAUUCUGCCAUUAACCAGGCUACCAAGAACGGGAGUUUUGAGUUUGUUUCUAAGAUGCUUGAAACGGACCUACGAUUUAUAUGGUACCGUGAUGAAGAUAGAAGAAACAUAUUUAUGCUUGCUGUCUUGCAUCGUCAAGAAAAGAUCUUCAGCAUUCUAUACUCCGGAGAUAUGAUGAUGAGCUACAACGCCAUGAAAUGUUUACAAGAUGUCGAUGGAAAUAACAUAUUACAUAUGGCAGGCCGGAUGUUAAAACAUUCCACUCGGGUUAAUCAAAUCCCAGGGGCAGCUUUACAAAUGCAAAGAGAGUUACAAUGGUUCAAGGAGGUAGAGAGAAUUGUCCAUCCCAAGGAUAAGGAAACUACCAACGAGGAUGGUUUAACUCCCCGACAAUUGUUUACGAAGGACCACGAGAACAUGAUGGAAAAGGGAGAGAAAUGGAUGAAGGACACAGCAAGGUCAUGUACGGUGGUGGGUGCUCUCAUUGUUACCAUUAUGUUUGCAGUGGCCUUUACCAUUCCAGGAGGUAACAAUCAAGAUACGGGUCUGCCUAUUUUUUUGAACAAAAAGUCGUUUAGGGUCUUUAUGAUAUCCGAUGCCUUGUCCUUCUUUUUAUCCUCAACUUCAGUCUUGAUGUUUUUGGGAAUCCUUACCUCACGUUAUACAGAAGAUGAUUUUCUCGAAUAUUUGCCGAGGCAGAUGAUAAUAGGCCUUUCCACCCUCUUUUGCUCUAUUGCGACCAUGAUGCUAACCUUUGCCAGUGCUCUUUUAAUCAUACUACAUGAGCAAUCAAGGAUUGCAAUUCCUCUCAUUUGUUUGGGUGGUGUUCCAGUCACCAUCUUCUUAUGGAUUCAGCUCCCCAUUCUUAAAGAUAUGAUCAUUUCAACCUAUGGGCCGAGCAUCUUCGACAGGAAAAUGAAACUGAAAUUAUAAAGCUGCAAUCGGAUAUCAUCAUCAUGUAUAUUUGUUGUAUGAAUUAUUGGCAUAUCAGCCAAAACGGUAUAUAUGUUCCCUUUUGUUGGGCCAAUAAACCAAUGGAUGGAUUUUCAAC